AUGACAUAUAUGUAUAGUACUUGGGGCCACCUUUUCCAAUCGCCGACAAAGAAGAUGAACACCUCCGGCGCAGGCGUAGCAAUUGCCCUUGUCAUUAUGCUGAGCUUUCUGCCUCUGAAUCAAUCCCAAGCGAACCUGGUGGAACAAACGUGCCAGAAGGUCCAGUAUCACGACCUCUGCGUCUCAGCUUUAAGGUCAGACGGCCGGAGCUCCAGCACGGAUGUGAAAGGGCUUGCUGCCAUCAUGCUACAAUUGGUGAAAGCCAACGGCACUGAUAUUCUCGCAGAAGUGAACACGAUGCUCCCUAAUGCCACCGACGAUGUGACCAAGAAGUGUCUGGGGUUGUGUCGUGACAAGUUUGGUGAAGCUCUUAAUGGAUUGAUCCCGGAAGCCAUGGCAAAACUGCAAUCGGGAUCCAAACAUGAGGCCAUGCUCGUAACAAUUGAAGUAGGCGAAAGUGCAAUUGAAUGUGAUUCUUGCUUCAGUAACGAGCGAUUUGGACCGUCCCGUGGUCCUCCGCCGUUCAGCGACAAGAAUCAUGUUUACUUUUACCUUGCUACUGUGGCCAAAGACAUCAUUGGACUCAGUUGA